AUGGACAAGAACAAAACUAAAUUCGACUACCCAACAGUGGCCGAUGUCUUCCAUGGCCGUAUGUCCAUGAAGAAAGUGGAUGAGAAGAUGCUCAAUGCCCAGAACAAGAACAGCAGCUACUUUGUCGAGUGGAUCCCCGACAAUGUCAAGACAGCCAUCUGUGACGUCCCACCCCGAGGCCUGAAGAUGGCCAUCACCUUCAUUACCAAAAGCACAGCCAUCCAAGAGCUGUUCAGGACCUUCUCUGAGCAGUUCACUGCCAUGUUCCACUGCAAAGCCUUCCUCCAAUGGAACAAGAUGGAGUUCACAGACGCUGAAAGCAACACGAGUGAACUGGUGUCCGAGUACCAGCAAUUCGAAUUCAUUAAGAAUACACUGGGAAAAAAUGAGCUUAACCUGAUAUUGAGACAGUUUUAUGGAUCCACGUUUUGCCUGCUCAACACGUCCUCAAACGCAGUGCAUGUGUGA